AUGCAAAGCUUGAAACUGAUUAUUGAAACUAAUAAAAUCAGGCCAGCAAAACUUAAGGAGUUUGAUUUGAUAUUUACCAAUAUGGACUUCUAUGUUGAAGUCCCUUUCAUCCCUAAUUCACUGACGUACAAGAAUAUGCCUGUGUUGGUUGCAAAAGAUGGGACUCAAUAUGAAUACAAAGAAACCAAACAAGAUGUAGAUGAAACUGAAGCAUCUGUUAUAAUAUCAUCAAGCCCGCGUAUCAAUUCGGACAAGUGGAUACUCUCUGAUACUGAUAUUGGUGAUGUCAAUGACACUUUACCAACUACACAACUGGAUUUGAUCUUGACAUCACAAUCCAUUUUUGAUUCAGAAGGAUUUACUAAUGUAAAAGAAAACGAAAACGUCAAUAUAUAA